CAAAGCGCCUUUCCCGCCAUCUACUCUCUCUCUCUCACACACACAAACACACUUGCUCACUCGUAUCACCUCAAUGGCGAAGACUAGAAAAACAGCUGAGAAACCCGCGCUAGCAGAUGCAGAAGAGAGAACCGAUGGCCUUGAAAUCAUCUCUAUCGGCUCCCUCUACAAAGGACCCUGGGACAAGAAGUAUUGGACCACUUCUAGGGGAAAAGAUCGGUAUCCAUAUCCAGUUGGUUAUGAAGCUGUUAGAGCUCAUAAUGGGGCCACAUAUAAGAUGGAAAUUCAUGAAGGUGUCAAUGGCCCUAGAUUUUUGAUUUCAUCUGAUGAUGGGUGUUUGUCUUCUGGGAAAACUCCAGACCAAGUAUGGGAGGAAUUUAAGAAGAAAUGCUGCCCCCGCAUGAAGAUUUGGCAUGGGAAGAGACUUUCGUCUAAGAUGGAUGGCUUGGAGCUUUUUGGGUUCCGAAAUCCCUUUAUCCAGAGAUUGCUCCGAGAACUGGUGGCAGAUAUAAAUGGAAUAGCAGAACAGAGAUUGGUAUCCCCAAACAUCUGUGAUACGGUUUCUAGACCAGAUCAUGAUGAUUACUUCCCAAAUGUAAGCGCAUAUCCUGAUUUACUACUUUGCCUGGGAAAACCAUGUGUUACAAGGAAGAGAAGCAGAUGUGAACUAAAAAAUAAAAAUAUAAAAAUACAAGCUAGACCUCAGUCUCUAGAACUCACAUGCAGCAGUGGAACUUCUAAUGUAAAGAAUGAAAAGAGUCUUGGUCAGGGGAGUUAUACAAUUCAACAUGGUUCAGGAGAAGUGAAUGGGGCUGACAAUGGCAUUGGUGAAUCAGCCCCAUUGCAAAUAAUGUCCUGCAUCGGUGAAAGCAGUAAUUGCAUUUCGUCCAAAAAUCGGUUGCUAUUGAAUCCUAUUGACGUCUGUAACAAUAAAAGUGAGGGAGAUGUGCCUUCAAAGAGACUGACUGGGUUUUUGUAUUCUUCACAUUGCAAAACUAUGGGAGUAACUGAAAACUUGUCCACAGUAGAACCUCUUCGUGGGUCACAUGAUGUGGAGUUGAAAAUAUCUACAUUGUUGGUGAGUUCAGAAGACAAGGAGCUGAUGCAGUCAUGCUCUAAAGAAUCUGUUGGUUGUAUUGACAUUGAUCUUUGUGUUCCUGAUACCAUAGAUUUUGAGCAAGAAAAUGCUUCUGAGUCUGCCUCUCAUAAACUGGAAAAGAAUGCUUACAAUGAGACAGUAUAUGAUUAUGAGAUCAACUCCAGAGAUUUGUUAAAUGCAGCAGAACAUGAAGAAAUGCUCGAAUCUAAAUCACAUCCAAGCUUUGAAAAAAGUAAUUUUGGUUCAGGUGGCCAGGAUGUGGCAAAGUCAAUGAUGUCACUUCUACUUCCUCAAGCAGUUCCUUUGCUAAAUAAUGUUUCCACAGAUAAGGAGUUUACCAUUUGUCCUUCUGAUAUGUUUCCUUCUCAGAUGAAUUUCAAGGAAGAACGGAAUGAAGUUGGAUGUAUUUUGGAUAUACCAUCAUCUGAUGUAGUAAUGACAGAGGCUGCAUAUGGUAAACAGGGGGAAAUGAUACAUGGGCCACAUACAGACCAACAUUCAAAUACUCCUAAUUCUGAACAUAUGAAGUUUAUUAUUCCGGAUAGUUUUGAAUAUAGUCCAUGUGAUGAUUUUAAAACCAAUCAGGAAAUCUUAUCUUCUGAUAUUGCUGAAGCUGGUAGAUCUAGUUUGAAUAAAGAAAUGUGUUCUGAACAGGUUCCUGAUCAAGAUCUGGCAAAUGGAACUUCCACAUACCAUGCUUCAGUGUUGGACUUUAAGGACAGGCCUCAGGAUUGUGAUGUAUGCAUUCCUGAAUCUGUUAUAGAUGACAUGUCUCCAAAGGAUUGGAAUAUUUCUGAAAGAAGUGAUAAUGCUUGCUCAGAUUUGAAAAAACAUCCGGUGCAUUUUGGUUACAAUUCUUUGCAAAAGGACGAGUCAAGUGCUCUGGAAUUUACUGGAGGUGUUAGCAAUGCAUUCUCAGGUGUAAAAACAAAGAUCUGUCAUAUGGAAACAGAAAAGUCACAAGGUGAAGUUGUGGGUAAAAUAGUAAAUGCUGAAAAACUUAUGUCUUCUCAGUUGCCAAAUUUAGUAUACACCAGAAGAAAGUUCCAAAAUGCUAUUCCCUUCCAAAAAAAUUGUGCAGUCAUUGAGUGUACUGAUUGGGACAAGUUUAAACUUGUUAGCACUGAAAUGUAUACUGCCAAAGGCACUUUACCCGUCCCAGAAAUCAUCCAAAUGAACAAUUCAAAUGAUAAACUAUGUGAACCAGAUGAUUCUGUGGGAUUACGAGAAGAAACACCUCAAACUCGUAAUGAUGUUCAGGGUGAACAUAGCAACCUAGUAGAACCAAACCUAACAUCAUCUCAGAAUCCAACACCACUUGCCUGUGAAAAUAUUUGUGUUGGUGCCAAGGAGGCUCAAUUGAUUUCAGAACCAUUGUCCCUGAGAAGCCAGGAGCUCAAGAAUAAUCUGGGCAGCAGUGUUAAGUUUGUGGGAUGCUACGUGCAUCCAAUGCCUGUUUCAUCAUUAUUUUUAAGAACAAGAGAGGAUGAAAUCCAUGUUUGUGUCUUAUGUGGCCUUCUGAUGGGUCAGCAAAGGACCCUGUUUACUUACAAGGUAGCUAUUAAUGAACCCAGUUUGGGGUGCCCUUCUGUCAUGGCUCACUGCUCAAUACUGUUACCAGAUCCAAAACACAACUUCAUAAAAGAAACUAUGGUGGAAAGAUCUGGGGUGCAGUUGACUCCUGAUGGACAACAUAUCGUCUUAAUGGGCAGCAUAAAAACCCCCAAUUGCAGUGAAGGAAAAAUUGAUUGUUCUUGCUCAACAUGUACAUCAGUCUGCUCUUUGAAGAAUGCUUUAAAGAUUGUUGAAGUAGAACAUGGUUAUGUAUCAGUUAUAACAACAUUGGAAACUGUUGACAGUGUGCAUUGUAUAUUGGUUUGUGAGCCUAACCGACUUGUUUCUGUUGGAGAUAGUGGGAGACUGCAGGUGUGGGUCAUGAAUUCAACAUGGAGUGAAAAGCUAGAGUACUUCAUUAUUCCAGCUGAUGGCUCCAUGUCCCCUGGCAUUGUGGAGUUGAAGAAAGUUCCAAAGUGUACUCAUUUGGUUGUCGGUUAUAAUAGUUGUGGGGAGUUUAGUUUAUGGGAUAUUGUUAACCUCGAUUGUGUUUCAAGAUUCUCUGCUUUAGAAAGUCCAAUAAAUGAGUUCUUUCCUAUAAGCUUGUUCCAUUGGCAAACAAAAAGCUCAGAAUACAGCUAUGCUAGCAUGGAGGAGCAUGCCUAUCCACUUUUAGAAGCAACCAAUUCGUGGUACUCAGAACAAAGUGAGAUCUGUUCGUUUCCAUCAUCAGGGAAAGGGGAUGUUGCUAUGUGGCUUUUUGUAUCGACUACCUCUGACAUUGAUUGUUGUGAUGAUCAUGUUUCAACGUCAAGUGAUGUGGCUUUUAGAAGUUGGAAGCUUGCUCUUUCAAUGAAAAAUAGCAUAACUUUUGGAAGUCCAUUGGAUCCAAGGAUUACUGCUAUUGGGGUUUCGCGUGGUUAUGGAAUCGUAGGUACAAGUGAUGGUGCAGUGUAUAUGUGGGAAUUGUCCAGAGGAUCCAAGGUUGGUACUCUGCAUCAUUUCCAAGAUGGCAAUGUCACAUGUGUUACUACUGAUGAUUCGAGAGGUGCCUUGGGAGUAGCUGGUGGUGGACAGUUGUUCCUUUAUCUACACCUUCCUGAGCUAGAUUCAAAUUAACUAGUAGACAAGAAUAGUGUUAUUUACUCAACGAUUUACACGAGCUUGAAUGGAAAAUUCGAAAACAAAGUGUUCACAUCUUGAAUCACAAGAUAAUGCUUCGUAUCAUUCGCCAUAUUAGUGUUGCGAAUUUGUUUGAUCGACUAUAGAUUCAACCUAUUUUGUGUGUAUAUCAGCAGGGGUUGUCAUCUAGUACAUCCACACAACUUUAUAUUUGCUGAAGGCACUGUAACGGUAAAGCUUCAUGAUUGAUUAAAUUAAUUGGUU